GGAUUUUUCAUUCGGAUCAUUAUAGGAACACUUCUACACUCUGAUCAGUUCAGCAUCCAUUUCUUUGAACCACCCCAACCAUUAAGUACUACUAAGUUAACUCCCGUCUCACAAAUGCAGUGAUUCCAGUGGAUUUACAGAUAGCAGAUCAGGAGUCGCCACGGAUUUUGUUCUGUUCAAGAUUGAGUUUGGAGACAAUUAAAUUAUGCCCCAGCUAGCUCGCUGCUGAUGUCCAUGUUUUCUUUGGCACUGAUGAAUCAAGUCACUUAAUUAUUAUUGACGACCGUCGGGUGACUCACCACAAACCUGACACAUCGAGGCUAGAAUCGUAAAACGUUGAUCAUAGAGCGUUGCUGCGGAGCUGUCUUGAGUCAUCGCCGCCAUUGUCGCGAGACAUCGGAAGCUCCUCAUUGAUCAGUUGUGCCUUGCUGAAAUCGCCACCAAUUCUGAAGUUGACGGACUGCGUAGUAAUGAAUUGUACUGCUGUAGACUUGAAUUAUUACGCGGAGAUGCCUUCCAUUACAAAUCAGGCUCCCAUUCUCGAUCGACAUAAAACCUGGUUCAGUUCCUCAAAUGAUUGCAAGAUGUUGCCCAUUCAGUUAACGGGUUCUCAAGAUUUACUGAUGGAGACCAACGCGUGUCAGCAGAAUGGUACGAACCAUUCGACGGAGGAGAGUAAAACCAACCUCAUCGUCAACUAUCUUCCACAGACCAUGACCCAGGAGGAGAUCAAAUCGCUCUUUUCCAGUAUUGGCGAUGUGGAGAGUUGUAAACUCAUCCGGGACAAGGGCACAGAAGCGGGACCUGGGCAAGUGGGGCAAGCAGGUUCUAAAGCUGGUCAAAGUCUUGGGUAUGGCUUCGUCAACUAUAAGCUGGCAGAUGAUGCAGAAAAAGCUAUUCAUACAUUAAACGGGCUGAGGCUGCAGAACAAAACUAUAAAGGUAUCCUAUGCCAGACCAAGCAGUGAAAGCAUAAAGAACGCCAAUCUUUAUAUUAGUGGCAUCCCAAAGAACAUGAACCAAAAUGAUCUUGAACACUUAUUUGCAUCUUGUGGCAAAAUUAUCACAGCAAGAAUACUCUACGAUAAUUGUACUGUUGGCGAUAAACCCCCAUCCCCCUCUAGUGGCGGAAAUACUGCAAGUAUGUCAAAAGGAGUUGGGUUCAUUCGCUUCGACACACGGGCAGAAGCGGAGAAAGCGAUAGAGAAACUAAAUGGCGUUAUUCCUGAAGGUGCCAGCGAACGAAUCCAGGUGAAAUUUGCUAAUAAUCCAAGUUCGAACAAGAGUACAUGCCCGAUCACCAUGUUUCCAUACUUUCCAACCACUGCCCAACGGGGACGUCUGCUAGGACCAAUUCAUCAUCCAACAGGACGCUUUAGAUAUUCCCCAAUCAAAGAAAGGUUCUCACCUUUGGAGGGGUGUGUAUUGCCCUAUACUACUGCUACUGCUACUACCUUCGCAAACCCAGCUAUUCGAAAAAUUGGAGAAACGCAAAAGCAAAAUGGCUUCCCAGCUGCAUAUACUCCAACCUUACUAGCUGGGGGACUUAAAACGAGCACGUCUUCAGCUCUCUCUGCCUCUACUACUGCUACACCUAGUACCACAUGUAACCAAGAGCAGAAAGUGGAUGCAUUGUUCUCGCCCUUCGAAGGUGGUCUUCUUCAUGCUGGAUCCCUGAUGCCCCCACCUACCCUCAACGGGGUCGGAUUCUGCAUAUUUGUAUACAAUCUGGCCCCAGAAACCGAGGACAAUGUCCUGUGGCAGCUUUUUGGCCCCUUUGGCGCAGUGCAGAAUGUAAAAGUUGUACGUUGCCCGCAAAACAAGUGCAGGGGAUACGGUUUCGUCACAAUGACCAAUUACGAGGAGGCACUAGUCGCGAUUCAGCAUCUCAAUGGAUAUAACCUGGGAAACCGUGUGUUACAAGUUAGUUUCAAAACCAAUAAGCCAAAGUCGUAAGGCAGGGCACCAUGGACGGAAAACAAAGGGAUCUGUGGAUUAUAUUAACACUAGUCAGAAACAGGUCAAGUGGCUAAAGGAGAUCAUUCAAAACUUACUUACGGACAAAUAGUGACAUAAGAAAAGAGAUGGGUGACUUGAUUUGAGCUCUAACUUGUGCUUAAUCCUAAAAGAAUGUACUAAUAUCGUGGUCAUUUUCCACACAGCAAAUUUAAAUCAAACUUUUUUCGUUUUGUCCUGUUAGUGGUUUUCUUCUUUGUUUAUUUUCGAGGGUGAUAAUUAUUAUUAUUGAUUAUUAUGGAUAAGAUCUUACGUUUUCUAGCAUAAUCCAUUGGUUUUUCUCUGUAUAACCGAAAAGAGACUUAAAUUUCGCUUUAUCUAAUUAAGAAAAGGUAAUUAAGAUUUUCUUUGUUUCAUUCAGAUAAUUAGAGUACAUUUGCAUAUCAUGUCGCCGGUGCAGCCAAAACUCCUCGUGCAUUUAUGAAUGUUGUUACACCAUUUUACCAUUUGAAUUUACUUUAGACUUAAAUGAUAAGUUCUUGGAACUUUAUCAAGUCAUUUAUUGCAUUUAUUGUACGAUUUGGCAAAUCGACCGCGUACUCUUUUGGUCAUGUAACCAGUGCCACUUACAAAACCAACUACUCAUUAAGUACACAUAUCGUUGCCAACAUUGAUUAAUUACUAUAAUCACUCAUUUAACUUAUUUAAUUUAUGAAGUACUCAUCUUUAGUUUUGUUGGUAGUACCUCGUACUAAUUGUAUAUCUGAACGAUUGACUCAGUAUUUGUGUUGUGUUCAAAACCCUUUUUUGUUGCCGUUCGUUUUAUUUACUCUUGUGUAUCUUAGGUUAGUAAUUUUGACCCUUCUUAUGUCUUAUAAGAGGCGGUCGUGCAAUAGGCUACUUGGGACAUAUUGUCAAUACAAUAUAAUAAUUUAUUUACUCAAAGGGUUGUAAAUAAAAAAAAAACAAGACAUUAUCACUAUUUAUUUAGUAAUUUAUUGGUGAGUGCUAGUUGUGUUAUUAGUUUAGUUCAUUUAGUAAUUAGUAAUUAGUUAAGCUACAUAUCGGAGUACAUAAUUGCAAAAUUAAUACGUUUUCUCUUUUCUCUUCAUAUGCUUAUUUCGUUCUUUUCUUAGUAUACUCUCACGGCUGCCUUUGAUUUCUCAUUGCUUUGCCCUCAUUAUUACUCGUGGCAUAUAGGCCAGCUCGGCGUAACCGCUAGAGCAUUUAUCGCAUUUUGCUUUGAAUUUGGGGUUACAAACUUGUGUUAAACGUACAGUUAUCUUUAAAUUUGCAUGUGGUGGAACGGGACUUGUGGAAAACAGACACCACCUUUACCGAGAGCGGACUUUCGAGUUAGUGGAACGCAGAUGUCAAAAAUAUUCUGUAUAGCGAUGAUUGUGAUGAGAGUAGGAAAAGUACGGAUACAGAUUCAUGCAAACUUCCAUGAAGAGAUUAUAUUUUUGUACAGUUCUACUAUUGUAAUCUAGUCAUGUAAGCGUUUUUAGAGAAGGGGUUUUGUACCAAAGAUGUACAGUUCAGUUUAAAGCCACACACGAAGCUCUUCCAUUUUCAUGCAUUUCACGACUAUGUGAACAUUGUGCAAGUACUGUUUCCAGGAUUUUUCAUACGAAAGAAAUAUGAAACAAAUUAUAAAAAUAUAAAAACACGGUCACAUUUUACUUGUAUUGUACAUAUUUGUGCCCUGCAUACUGCUUAGGAUGUUAAUAUCCAAAUUGGGAUGAAAUGUGACCGUCAUUGUGUGUGUAAAAUGAAAUGGUAAACGCAUUCUGAACUGGAUAGCGCAAUAGCGCCAAAUUUGAGGGAUAGGUCCGACUUAGAGGAUUAACGACGGUAUGAGGAAGAGUAGAAAAUGAUUCCAGAAAUGCACCUGAUUGACCCCAAAGUACUCUAUGACAUUCCUCAGAAGUCACAGUAGUAAGUAGUUUGCUAGUUGCUUUACUGUAGCUUUUUUUAGUGAUCUCGCUUUUGACAAAUUUAUAAGGAAAUAGCCAGAUGAGACGCCUCUAAGUGUACAGGCAUCUUUUAGUUGGAGGCGAUUACUAAACAAUUGUUUGGAAACAUAUACAAUUAACACAGAUGGGAUCAAGAAACAUUAUGUACAGAAGAGGACUGAGUAAAACGGUUAGUAGCGUUGAGGUGUACGCUGGUGUACAUCUGGAACGUACGAGAUGCCUUGAGAUCGGGGCGUUAGAUGUCUCAAGAUCGAGGCUUCAGGUGCCUCCAGAAUGAGGCAUCGUCGUUGUUUUGAACUUCCAGCGUUUUCGAAGGACCUUGUUUUUGUUUUCAAAGACUAUUGUUUGAAAAGUCGUUGUUAAAAGAUAUUGAUAAUGUAAGAGAGAGUAUGCUGGAAAUGAGAUACUAGUAUAAAAAUAUUUCAAUUUUAUCUUAAAAAAGAGUUCCAAAGGCCUCGGGUCGACGUUAAGCCCGAGGGAUAUAUUAUAAAGAUUUUAGUUAAUUUGAGAGGUUUUUGGAUACGGAUUACCUGAGAUACUGUUACUAAAUAAUCUCUCUCAUGUUCUGUCUUCUAAUUGAAUUGAUUCCAAUCUAGUUGAAAUCUUAUCAUUUUUAAUGUGACGUUUUUUCUGGCCUCGUUUGAUACUUGCUUCCUCGAUCUAAUCUGCACUUUUUAUGACGAUAAUUAUAAUUCAUUAUUAGACUCUUUGUGUCGUUGUGGCUUCAGUAUAGGUUGACAUACCUCCAUUGAAUAAAAGCAGUAUUCAUUUCAAAAAUUACUUCAAAAAGAAGGCCAUUUGAUAAUUUCAGUUUGAAAAAUUUCGUGUUCAUUUUAAACGUUUAUGAGUCGCAAACCACUUUUAAUCUGCGCCUACUGCUGUUUUUACCACCAAAGUUAAUAAAGGUACAUAUUACGAUUAGUACGGCCAGUUUUAACAGUCAAUUAAAAGGUCAAAAGCCUAACUGAGAAGUUCUUCACCGCGUUACAAAAUUGAAGGAAUUGAUUAAAAGAUGAAUUUAGAAGAAUUGAUUAUCCAAUCAACUUUAAAUGAAGAUUUUACAUGGCUAUCGAGUAGAUUGGCCAGAUGACGUCAUUGUGACGUUAAUGUACAUAGAGACCAAAAAGGUGGUUUGUGGACUUAACGCUGAUUUUCACCCAUGUUCUUUAGAGUUAACUUUUAAUGGACUUUUGAAGCACAUGUUUCAUUUAAUGUUAUAUUCUGCAGCUGGCUAAUAUAUAACUUGUUUGAACACAUGUCGCGAUCUUUUAUCCAAUUUUCUUUGUUCACUAGUUAAGGGUUGUUAGUCAAUUUUGGUAGUUUCUAUAAUUAGAUCAAUUUUGCUUUGUUGUGCUGUGUUUUUAAGUUAGAAGCAACUCGUUUGUUUUUUGAGGAUUUGAGUAUACAUUUAACGUAUAACUCUUCUUGUAUUUGACCUGCAUAUAUGAUUAUAAUAGCCUACAUAUUAUGUCACACUAGCAAACAGUAUUGGCCAGUUGUUUCUGAUAAGUAACGAGAUGGGUUUUAAGAUUUGGUUCGAUUUUCAAUCUUUGGCACCAAGAUUUGUGUUUGAUGUGCCGUUGCACGGCACCCGUAACUGGAACGGCCAGUUCUUGCCCAUUCAAGGCCAACUUUAAAAAACCCAGUUGUUUGCUUUCAAAAAUUUUCGGUUAAAUUCCCCCUUGUUACACCCGACGUUUUACUUGCUAAAUAAUUGAGCAGUUGAAUAGUAUAUGAUGGUGACAUUCAAACUCAUUGUUCACGGCAGACAGCGGCCUGAAAUCUGCGAUGGCGGAUUAGUUAUUUGUAUAAAUCUCAGUAGUUUUCCAUCGCAGAUAUCUAUGGAGGGCAACAUUUCGAAUUCAGAAAAGAAAAAGCAUUUUAGAAGAUUUUCAAGCCCCUGGUGUGUUGAAAAUGUUUUUCAGUGUUUUCUGACAUAUUUCAUUUUAAUCCUCAAUAUAAAAUUGAAAUUAUAAUGUACAUGUAUUUAACCUGUGUAUCCUGUCUCCUAAUGGCUAUAAUUUUACAUGUACAGACUAAAGUUUUAACUUGGUUUAAUUUCUGUCGUGUUAAUUGUGUGGUCGUUUGUGUUAAUGUUGAAUUCAGGGGUGCCGUGGGUUAAUGUUACAAGCCUGGAUUAAGCCUGAUCUUUGAGCCAAAAUGAUCAAGACUGAAAGCCUGGAACAUGUCGAUUUCUAAAUCUCACAAAACCUUAUCGAAUUAUUUGUUUGAAAGUUGAAGUUUAAUGGCCUAGCCAGCCUUAAAUAUCAAACCAACACCCCCAAUAUUCAAUGUGAUCAGCCAAAUUAGUCCUAAAUUCUGAAUUGCGGGUCAUAAAUCUAUUACUUGAAUCUCAGAAGAUUUUACUAACUUUCAUUUAAAAAGAACAAAGGUGAUAAAUUCUUUCGAACUAUCUUAUAAUUUGUUUAAUUGCCUGCUAUUCAAAUUUGUCAGCGAAAUACAUAGUUAUGAUUCAAUGUUUUUAUGGCUUGGUAUAUUGCGGAAUUGCUUGAAUGGUUUUAACCGGUCUCAAGUUGUGGCCGCUCUCAUCAGAAACCUAAGCCUGGGUCUACCUCAAAGUUGUCUGUAUUAGUUCUCUCUUUCUGUAGGUAUGAACAUGUUAAAUGCAGAGCAGAAUGCAAAGAAAUAUCAUUCAUAUUGGCCCAAUCACGUAUGAGUUUUUAAAUGACUCCGAGGAAAUUAUUAGAUUGGUAUGAAAAUAAUGGCUACCAAUUGAUUUUUUUGAAUGCGAGCAUGCUGCAAAGUGGAGGUGUACAUACAAAAUGUACUUAAAAGAUUACCUUUAGAAUUUGAUAUGGAAUUUUUGAAACCUAUUCGGACAAAAGUUGUGGAAAAUUGUUUUAGCCUUGUGAAAGAUUAAUCUCUUAUCAUAAAUCUGUACUUAAAAUGGUCAGAAAAUUCGGCCAGCGUCUUCCACGAUAUUGUAACAGCUGAAACCAGGCACUUGUGUAAAUGUUGCUUUAAUUUGUUGUUAUUUGUCUAACCACGUACUUCAAAAUCUAAUCCAUACACCAGGCUUUUCAAGAGACUGAUUUUGGCAUCCACUUUUGCUUCAGGUGUAUUGGCCCACUUUGUAAACUUGAAGAGUUGGCAUCAGUUGUGCUAAGCCAUGCACCUGAAAGCAGCUAGUUGGGUUUAGAUUUCUGGAUAGCGAAUAUUUGCCACGACAUUUUUUUCUUUAUUGAGUGUAUCAAAUCAUGCUUGAAUUCGUGCUAUAAAGGAAACUAUUUUUUUCUGAAUUCUUGUGACAAAUUUUAGACGUUAAGAGUUGUUCUUUGCAGUGCCAAAACUAUCAAAUUUAAAGUCUAGAGGACUUUCUAUGUCACAAAAGCAGAUUUGUUCUUUUUCCCACAUUAUUUAAAGUUUAUCAACUUUGGUGACAUUCUCUAAAGAGGAAAAUGUCUUGGCCCAAAACUUUUGCAUUAAUAUCAGAAAUUUAGAUUAUAGGUGUUUUACUGUUGCUCUGAUAUGCAUACUGCUGGUGAAGUAAAUAGAGAGCAGACCCCAAUGCCUUUGUAAAUCCCUAAUUAUUUUGAAAGAGCAGGCACUACCGCCGAUUUUUUUGACUCUCAUAAUACGGUUUCUGCCGUUUUUGCUGGCUGUCGUGGAUGAUUGUCAGAAAAAUCCUGAGCCCAAAAAAUAGAGCCUUGUCUCUUAUGCUGAAUCAUGUUCAUAUUCCAAAUUGCACUCACAUCAUGUUCCAUAGCCUGACACCCCUGAAAAACCAAACUGAGUUGUUCGAUCCCAUGCAUUUCUUCUUUGGGAGCAUCGACUCUUUUGAUUUGGGGGGUGUCCAGGUGUAAACGCCAGCUGUUGUUGUUUCUUAUGUAGUUUGGUUGUAUUGCAAUAUUUGUACUUUUACAUGUCAACAAUUACACAAUAAAUUGUAUUGAGAAUGUAUAAUUAA